CGGAAGGACAGUAGCUGACAGAGGUAGAAACUGCAAAGUAGAGAAGCGGUCUCAGGCUCGUUUUCAGCACUCCUGAAAGGCAGCAGGUCCCAGGGCAGCUGCAGAGACCAGAUUCAGCUGCACAGGGACCAGGACCAUGUGGAUGCUCCCUCUUUGGCUCUGGAUUCUCUUCCCCGUGUCUCCUGCAGACAGCGUGGCAGUGACAGGCCCCCGGACAGUGAUGGGCCCUGAAGGUGGGUCGGUGUCUGUGACAUGCGAGUACGAAAAGGGCUAUGAGAAGUAUGGGAAGUUCUGGUGUAGAGAAAGAUCUUAUUUCCGCUGUUUCAACUGGGAGUUCAUCCUUGAGACCAACGGGUCAGAGACCAUGGUGCGAGAGGGCCGCUUCUCCAUCCAGGACAACCACAGCCUGCAUGUGUUCACGGUUAGCAUGGAGCACCUGACCAAGGCAGAUGCUGGCACCUACCACUGUGGGGUGCUGAGGCUUCGACUGCUUGAUCCCAGGCACGCUGUGGAGGUGAUCGUGUCCCCCGUGUCUCCUGCAGACAGCGUGGCACUGACUGGCCCCUGGACGGUGACGGGCCCUGAAGGUGGGUCGGUGUCCGUGACAUGCGGGUAUGACAAGGGCUAUGAGGAGUAUGGGAAGUUCUGGUGUAGAGAAGGAUCUUCCUUCCGCUGUUCUAAUGGGGAGCACAUCCUGGAGACCAACGGGUCGGAGGCCAAGGUCCAAAAGGGCCGCUUCUCCAUCCAGGACAACCACACCCUGCGCAGGUUCACGGUUACCAUGGAGCACCUGACCAAGGCGGAUGCUGGCACCUACCACUGCAGGGUGCUGAGGACUGCACUGCCUGAUCCCAGGCAUGCUGUGGAGGUGAUCGUGUCCCCAGCCUCCACAAAGCCGACCUCGGCACGGACAGCUGCUAAGGAAGAUGAAGCCAAUUUCCCUAACCAACACCCCACCCCAGCAGGGUCCCAGGCCAGCAGCAUCUAUUUCCUGCUCCUGGUCGGCUUGAAGAUGCCCGUCUUCCUGUGCAUGGUCUGUGCCGUGGUGUGGGUGAGCGUGCGCUACAGGGCCAGCUCCAGUGACACGGUGCCACACAGAUGUGAUCAUGACCUGCCUCACUCCUAGGCCUGGGAAGGGCCUGAACUAUCACACCAGCAAUGCCUCCACCUGCCCUGCGUUCAGCGUCUCCCAGGCACAAACCUGAUUCUCCGCUCCCUUACACUGAAGUCAAUUUUGGAGCAAAGUCAAAGGAGCUCCUCUGGGAACAGCCCUUUCACCCUGAGACAAAUCCAGGAUCCUUGUGAAGAGAGUAAGGCCCAGGAUGUCUUUUCCUAGAUCUUCAGGGAGUGAAGGGGUGCUAAGAACUGGGAUCUGUAUGUCAUAUGUGGAAUCAGAGUUUAAAGUUAUCAUAAUAAAUCAAAUUUCAUUUUUCCCCUUAAAGAUAGGCUCUUUAUGGAUAAGACCUGAGACAGCACUUGAGAUGUAGGCCUCCACCUUUCUUGGAUCUCCGUUUGGUCUCACAAGCUCAGCUGGCAAAGCAUUCCUUCAGGCAUUAUGCAGGGAUAUCUGAAGACUGAAUAAUCCAUCAAGUACUUGUAGGUCAUCCUUUUUUUCCCCUCUCUUCCUGGUUUUGAGCAGGCUGCUGCAUUUCUUGUUCAUUGUGCUAGUGUGGUUGUGUUCUUUGUAUUUUUGCCUAAAACAACUCGAGCCCUGGAAAGACCCUCUUAUGCUUUACAAAUCCCCAAAUAUAUAUAUUUUUUUAAUUUACAAGUUAAGAAAUCCAAGAACAACAAGCAAGAUGUGGACCUUUGAAGGCUACAUAAGACAACUGCAUGGAUUCAUCUCAUGAGGGUUUUCUUGUCUACCUGGAUAUGAAGUGAUGGCUGUGAUUAUAUUUUGUUGUGCUAAUGUGGUUGUAGCUGGAUGGCUGCCUGCUACCCUCUUGUGUCUUUUAAAUCUUGACUUUUUUUUUAAUUAAAU